AUGGCGGAGCCGACAAACACCCCGAUGCCCCCGAGCACUCCGGUGCCGGCAUCAACGCCGCGCUCGUCGUCCCCAGCGCCGCCCCUGCCGAGCUUGAGCCCGAACGCGAUCAGGUCCGCGAUCUCUCCUGCGGGAAGGAUCGCACCAGUACGUCCUACCGUCCUUCACAUCGGAGACCCCAUAAAGUACAACCCAGCGACCUAUGCCGAGUUCAGCCAGAUAUUCGAGGUGAUACGUCCCAGCGCCGCCGAGCGUGAGCGCAGCGAGUUCAUACGGGCCCUGAAAGAGCGCCGCUGGGGUGACUUCAGCGCUAUCUUCCGGCCCUUCUGGGGCACCGGCGGCGAGAUGGGUUGCUGGGACGCGGGACUAAUCGACCUGUUGCCGGACUCCGUGAAGGUAUUUGCUAGUGCUGGGGCGGGCUUCGACUGGGCCGAUACCAGACUGUUGGGGGAGAAGGGAAUCAUCUACUGCAACUCAGGUCUCGCGGCCGCUGAAGCGGUCGCCGACUUUGCCGUUGCCAUGAUCAUCUCCACCUUCCGACACCUGCCCUGGUGUAUGGCAGCCGCAACCGUCGCCGACCCCUCCCAAGCGGGCUCGCUCGCGCGCGCAGCCUUCCACGACUGCCAUGACCGCGCAACGGCAGUGAGUCACAACCCGCGAGGUCAUGUGCUCGGCCUGAUCGGCUUUGGCAACAUUGGGCAACAAAUUGCCGCCAAGCUUGGCAAUGCGGCCUUUGGCAUGCGUAUCGCCUAUUACGACAUUGUCCGCAAGCCAGCCAAGAUCGAAUCCUCACUCCACGCGACCUUCCAUCCGACCCUCGAAAGCCUCAUCCGAACCUCGGACUGCCUCGUUCUCUGCGCGCCCGCAUCAACAGAUGGCAAGCCCCUUGUCACGGCCUCCACUUUCCACUCCAUCCGACGAGGAACACGCUUCGUAAACGUGGCCCGUGGCUCCCUCGUCGACGAAGACGCACUCGCGGACGCGAUUGAAGCAGGGACGAUCAGCGCCGCCGCGCUAGACGUGCAUGCCAACGAGCCUAAAGUGAAUCCACGGCUGGUGCGCAUGGCCACGCAAAUUACAGCAGAGGGGAUUCCUGGGCCGGGGAGGGUGAUGUUGACGUGCCACAACGCUGGCGGCACAGUUGAGACGCAUAUCGGGUUCGAGGAAUUGAGUAUGCGGAAUAUAAUGGCGGUGCUGCGGGGCCAGCCGCCCAUCACGCCUGUGAAUCUCGAGUUUGUGCGGGCCAAGAGCUGA